AUGGCUUCUAAUGAAGCAAUGGAAACCUCACAGGGCAUGGAGGAUGUCAUAUCUACGGCAAAACGGCCUAUUGACAUUGAAAGCAUAAAGCACAAGAAGUUCAAGACCGAUGACCUUCCCUUGUCUGCCGCGCAGCAUGCGGUCAUUGAUAAACUCCUACAUUCGUUCAAAAAGAAAGGUGGCUUUGACAGCGUUCGCAAACAAAUAUGGGCCGACUUCAAUGAUGGGCAACCCAGAACCGAUUUUACCGACAAGUUGAUCGCACUUGCUGAAUCAGAAAUCGACCGCGAGCCGGCACUACUCUCCCGUGAAAGGGGAAAAGCAGCGACACUGAUUGAGGGUGCUGUUGACCGUGGUGAUGUUUACAAAAGCGUGGAGGAAUCUAUCGACCAACUAGCAUCCAAACACCUGGAGUUCAUUCUUAAUUCCGUUCGUGACAUCAGACGUGAUGAAGUCGGCGAGGAAGUUGCCGCUCGUGAAUCUGAGCUAGGAAGCAAGACAGAUGCAGACUACGAAGUCUACGUCAAGGCUCAACGGGAGGAGCGGGAGAAAGUGUGGCGCGAAGAGGAGCGCAAACAAAAGGAAAUAGACGACGAAAGACAGCGGAUCAAGGACGAAGAACGCCGAAAAAAGCGCGAAUUAGAACGCCAAAAAGACGAAGAGGACCGAGCCAGAAGAAAAGAAAUCGACGAACAGAGGCGAGCUGAACGUGAGCGCCAACGUGAAGAGCAGAAAGCCCUUGAUGAGCAGCGAGAAAGAGAGCGAGACGAAAGAUACGAGAGACGAAGGCGAGAGGAUCGGGAUCGCUAUCGGGGCUGGGAUCGUGACCGCAGUCGAACUCGAGACCGUUUCCGCGACCGUUCUCCGGCCUAUCGCUCGGAUCGUGACUUAUCUCCUAGACCCCGAGACUCACGGCCCGAGAAGUCCAAUGAUCCGACACCCACUCCAAUUAUACCGGUGGAUGAGAAAUCACUCGAGGAGGCUGCCUUGCAAAUGCUCUUGAAAGAGGGCGAAGAACUUGCAGCGAAAGCUCGACAGAAGCCCGAGUUCGACUUCGAAGAGGCCGAAGCUAUUGAAAAUGGGCUGAAGCCCUCGGCAUUGGGACCACCCAAGAGCCUCAUUGAUUCAAAGUACUCUAACAACUCCACACGGGCGGCCAGCCCAUCCAGAAACUCCGAAGCAAGGCGCGGCUCAAUUGCAGACCGAGGUGAUCGGUCCCGACGCCUGACACGGGACCGAAGCCAUAGUCGCUCACGGCGCCGGCGCACAUCCAUCCUUGACAAAGACCGUCGCCGGGAUCGUUCUAGGGAGUCUGUGAGGUCCCGGGAUCGUGAUAUGGAUGCACGCCGUGGCUACCGCGAUUUCCGAGAUGAGCGAGGGGGUGAUCGAAGCUACAGACCAAGUCGUCGCAGUCGCAGUCGAUCUGCAGGCCGACUGCGAGACCGCGACCGUAGUGCUGGCCGAGACAGAAUCCGCGAUCGAUCGCGGUCAAAAGACCGGGAUAAUGACCGUCGCCGUGACCGCAGCCGGAUCCGAGACCGAGAACACGACAACUACCGUCCUCAACGCGCUCGGGCUUCUCGAUCACCACAACCGGAGCAAGUCACCGCGCCGCCGGUCCAACUCGCCGAAGAAGUCCUAGUCUACGAAGAAGCCGCAGUCGUCGCAGAACCCCUAGCCGGCGCAGAAGCCGAAGUCGACGCAGAAGUCCAAGCCGUCGUCGCAGUCGCAGUCGCAGAAGGAACAGGAGCUGAUGACAUGGAGCACGCCACGAUGGAUCAAUGA